CACAACUUCAUAGUAGCAAGUUCAUCAGAACAACAAAAAUGAAAUUGUUCAUCGUUUUAGCUGCCGUCACCUUGGCCCAGGCUGCCAAACUGGACAGGACUUACCUCCCACCUAACGCUCAGGCUUCGGCAGGAUCUGCCUUCCUUGAUGCUCCCCGUCAGUCCAAUGGAUUCCAACAACAAUCUGGUGCCUACUCUAAUGAGUUCUCUCAAUCAUCGAACUACGCUCAAAGCGGUGCUUACUCAGGCUUCGAAGCCCGUCCCGUGGAGCGCGCUCAGGCUGCCUUCGAGAGGAACGCUGCCAUCCUUCGUCAGGACAACUCCAAUGAUGGAGAGACUUACGCGUAUGCUUAUGAGACCGAGAACGGUAUCUCUGGCGAGGAGAAUGGAGUGGCGACCAACGGAGUGCAGGCUCAGGGCAGCUACUCCUACACUGGGGAUGAUGGCAAGGUCUACUCUGUGAGAUACACCGCUGACGAGAACGGUUUCCAGCCCCAGGGUGACCAUCUCCCCACUCCUCCUCCCAUUCCCGCUGAGAUCCUGAAGGCUCUGGAACAGAAUGCUCGUGAUGAGGCUGCUGGUAUCUACGACGAUGGCACUUACCGUGAAGCUUCAUUCGCUGGCAACAACCAACAACAAUACUACAACAACAACGCUCAGAGCUCUGUCGCUGACGUCCAGAAAUCUUACCUUCCUCCCUUCGCUCAGGGCAACAACCAGGGAAGCGGAGUGCAACAACCCGCCUUCAACAACAACGCCUUCGCUCGCAACGAUGCUGCCCAAAGCGUUAACUCCGCUGCUGGAGUCCAGAAAGCGUACCUCCCACCCUUCGCUCAGCGCAACAACCAAAGGAAUGCUUACCGUCAACCCAUCAUCAACAACUCUUUUGCCAGAAACAACGCUGGAUCCAACUCUGGAGUCCAAAAAGCCUACCUUCCUCCCUUCCAGAGGAAUGGAGCGAGGCAAUCCUUCAACGCUAGAGAUGGCUACCGCUACUAG